GCGCACUGUGUGCACCUGAAGCUGGAACGGGAGCCCGACCUCGAGCUGCAAGCGGGACCCCGACCACGAGCUGCAAGCGGGACCCCGAAGCGGACCCAGACUUGGACUGGGAUCCGGAGGUCAGAGGGUGGCGCCGAAGGGUAUGGUUGGCAGGGGCGAUCAGCGACAGAAGGAGCGGGGAUUGAGGGUCGGUGUCGGUCACAGAGGGGGGCUAAGUGAGCGCUGGGUCAGUAGCGAUGGGAGCAGUGACGGAGAGAGUAGUAGUAGUGGUGUAGAGGGAAGAAGGGAGAGGAGGGAGAGGAGGGAGAGGAGGGAGGGGAGGGAGAGGAGGGAGGUGAGGAAGAAUUGGAUGGAAGUAUCGACUGCUGUGGGAGGGGGAAGCAAGUUUUGUUGGCGUGACGAGCGAUCUAGCUCAUUUCUGACUGAGUCCACCACCUCGCUGUUGGAUUAUAAAGGGAGCGUGUAUUUGGACUUAUCUCCCCGAGAUAGAAGGGCACAAUUGCAAAACGACCCUCGUGAGUACAGGCUGCACAGGCUAGUCGAACUAGAAGCCGAAGAAGCAGGGCCUGGAGCGAUGCGAAGAAGAGCUCGCAGGGAGGAUAGGGAGGAGAGCUCCGAGGAGAGCUCGGAGGAGGAGGAGGAGGAGGAGGAGGAGGAGGAGGAGGAAGAUGGAGACAGUUUUGCGAUCAGUCAUCCUCUUGUGCCUGUGGCAGAGACUGGCAUCGAGCUGUUCCCCGGAGAAGCGUCGCUUCGCUGCAAUGCCGUUUCAGAGAGUCAUUCUUCAUCAGAUAGGAGAAGUGGAGGUGGGACUGGGAGUAGGAGCUGGCGGAGCGAGGUCGAUGGCGAUGGCGGAGAGGUGGAAGAAAGAGUUGGGCGGGGGUCAGCUGAUGAGGAAGAAGGAGGAGGAGGAGGAGGAGGUGAAGGAGGAGGCAAAAAUAACUUCGGGUUUGGCGUGGAUGAACAUCAUCAUCCUCGUCAUCAUCCUCAUCAUCCUCAUCAUCCUCGUCAUCAUGAGGACAUUAUGCGAUUGCGAAAGUCACUCUAUCUCGCCCGGUCGUGGCAGCCGGGCAGUGCUGCAAGUAUAUCAGCGAUGCAGAUGGCGGCACGGAGAGGUCAAGAUAACGGCGGCAAGGAUAACGGUCGCAGACAGAAAAGCUGGAACGAAGUGCUGAUCGUUUCUCCCUAUUCCCCAGUAUAUGCUGGGAUGAAUCUAGUCUUCUCCGUCCUGGUUCUGUACUCACUGUUCUCGGUGACGUAUCAGAUCGGAUUCAACCAUACAUCCUCUGGUUCAUGGCUGGUCUUUGAGACAAUUCAAAAUGGUCUAUUUGUAAUUGAUACUAUUCUGAACUUCAGAGUUGCAUACUAUGAGCACUUCAAUCUGAAGAAGUCAAGGAAGCUCAUCUCGAAGUUGGACGGCUUGGCAACCAUUUCAAGACUCGUGACCGACCCAAGGAAAGUUGCCUGGCACUACUUCACUACUUGGUUUUUCCCUGACCUCAUUUCCAGUAUACCCGUGGAGCUGAUCAUUUACUUGCUCAACUUGGACGCCAGGGGUCUUUGGUACCUGCGGCUUUUCCUCAUAGUCAAGGUUAUGAGAUGGCCAAGAUUUAUGCGAGCCAGGUCACAGCUUCGGAGGACCCUCAAACCGAAUGAGAAUGAGAUUGUAGAACUUGUCUAUACACUUAUUUUUGUUAUACUCUUCUGCCAUGUUUCUGCAUGUAUCUUUUGGUUUAUUGCUGACCAUGAAGAUUCUCCCAACAGUUGGAUUGUACUCAACUCGUGGGACGACAACGGUGUUCAGAGGCCUCUCACUGAGGCACCGAAAGGUGUUUCCUACCUCGCUGCGUUAUACUGGGCCGCCAUUACACUGACAUCGGUUGGCUAUGGAGAUAUUCACCCUUCAGUGACGGUCGCUGAACGUCUAUUUGGUAUUCUGAAUGGCAUCGCCUGUUCAAUUUUGCUCGGAUUCAUCAUUGCUCACAUCACAACCAUCAUUUUUGAACGAAGCCAGCGGCAUAUUGAUGUUCAAGAUCGACUCGAUGUGCUUCUCAGGUUCAUUGAGAAGGAGAAAAUUCCACGAGGGACAGCCCUUCGAAUGAGGCAACAGUUGCUGACGAAAUGGGAGGCUCGGAUGUUCAGCUACAGCGAUGAUGAGUUGAUGAAGGAGAUGCCGCCUGCUCUGAUGCUGGAAUUGCAGAGAAUUUGGUGGACAAGGAACGUGGAAGCUAGUCCAAUCCUUCCGCACCACCAUGUGUUCCUCCAUUCGCUGCUGGAACGAGCAACCAAGCAGUUCUUAGUAGGGGGUUCAUUUUUGAUGCAUAGAGGUCAGAUCUCCCGGCACGUCUACAUCUUGCGAUCAGGAGAUCUGGGAAUGGUUUUCGAAGACGAGACAAUGCCGCCAUCACGCGCCUUGGACACAUCAGCGGAUGGCUUCGAGGAUGGCAAAAGGCGCACCGCUGGAUUUGUUCCUCAGGAGGAUGUUAUUAUUGCAGGGGACCACAAUCGUCAGGACGCCGACAAGGAGUCAACCCAGGAUGCGUCAUCGGUACGUGAAAGGCCAAGUAACCGCAAAAGGACAGAAACCGCCAGGCAUUCGGCCCCUGGUUCCACAAACACCACCUUCUGGAGUACCUCCCGUUUCAAUUUUUUGAAACCCAUUCUGAAGAUGAUACGCAGGAAAAAGAAAAGACGGGGCCCAUCGCCCAAUCGGAACCUGAAGAACAAUAACGUCGUCAAAGUCCAUCCCGGAUACUGCAUUGGUUCUGAGCUUGUCUUCGACGCUCUCGUCGAAAGGGAGGUGCAGACGCCGACCGUGCCGAAGGACGGUCAGAACCCCAACGAAGCUACUAGUAAUCCGGGACCACUAGACGUGGAGACAGUGAGAGCGGAGGUUACCAUUAAGGCACUCACGCCUUGUGUCCUCUACCGCAUACAGAUUAAAGAUGUGCUUUCCGUAAUCGAAGAGUUUCCCGGUCUUCGCGAUCGACUUCAAUAUUUGGUCUCCGAGUUUGCCAAAGAGAUCAGGGCGGCCAGGGCAGGGCAACAAUAGGAGUCCUAUUCAUAACUGACUCACAACCGCUUAUUUGGGUUCUGAACUUCUGACCCAUAACCCCUUUAUUCGGAUCACAACCACACACACCUUGUCAUAUGCCUUAUCAUUCACUGAACCAUAAUCACCACCACCACCUGACUAUUCUUCCUUAUCCGUCUCGAAAAGCACGAGAGUCCUCACGAG